AGGAUCCUUGGAUAUAGGCGUUUACUCGCGACUUUGACCCAACAAGUAUAUCAAACAUGACGGCAGUACUACGCGGCAGGCCGGCUCAUAUCCCUGGUCCAACUUUCUUCGGCUACACUCCAAAUGGGAAGAAGUUAAUCACAGCUGGCGUCAACCCAGCCCUACGAGUAUUUGAACAUGGCUCCGAUGAUGAGCCAAUCGUCAUCGAUGUGACCACAGAAGCUCACACUGCCGUGGCCGCUGCGAAUGACUUCGUGGUCGUUGGCAGUGAGUCCGGCGAAGUCACAAAGUAUUCGCUUCGAAGCUAUGAGAUGGACGGCAUCUUAACACGAUGCUCGAUGCCCGUGCGUGAUCUUUCAUUAUCGCCGGACGGGGAAUGGUUGGCUGUAGCAAGCGAUGAGUUGGAAGUCAAAGUUGUGCACACGCAGGACAUGACGAGGGUCAUGUAUUUGCGUGAACACACCCGCCCUAUCAAGAACGUUGCAUUUGACACUGUUGGCUCAAUUUUGGCGCUAUCUUGCACAGACGGUAUGAUCUAUAUGUACUCACUCAGCUCGGAGCAACCUCAACUGUUGAAGCGGAUUGAUGGAAUAAUCAGUAUGUUGGAGUCAUCGUCAUUUUCGACUGCCUCUGUCGUAUGGCACCCAGAUGGUAGAACAUUCGCUGUGCCGAGCUCCAAGAAAGAUAUUCAAAUGGUCUCGAGGAGCGAAUGGCAAAGUCAGAAAGCAUUUUCUGGCGGGCAUGACAGUGAUGUCACAGCUUUGGCUUGGUCACCGAAUGGUGCAAUUCUUGCAAGCGUAUCACAGGACAAGACUUUAUUACUGUGGGACACUCGCAAACAGAAAAUCAUCAAGACAUUCCAAGACGUAAAGGACCCUAUCCUCAAUUUGCGUUGGCACAUGUCGGACAACGUUCUAUCAUACACGACUCUGAAGGGAGAACUUUUCAUUCGCGAGAACAUCGUGCCACAGGAGUUCCAAACACUAUUACGCGCUGCCGUUCAACCAGCAAUCCCAAAUACCCUAUCGAAUGUAACGAUCAACCUGCGGAAGGAGCCGAAUGGGGCGGACAAGUCUGCAGUUGGCUACCAACGCACCGCAGAAGACGAUUACUUAGACGAUCUGCUUGGGCCUGAUGCCAUGUCUGAAGAUGGUGAUGACGACGGCUUCAUCGAGGAUGACGACGGCGCGGGAUAUGCAGAGGAGCCAAACCCCAACGGCAAGCGUUCUGCAAAUACUACACAAGCUCCACGCCAAAAGCGGCAAGCCACGUCCAACAUCUGGCGGCCUCACGUCCAUGCGCCGUUCCAGACAGGGAGCACGCCUUGGCGAGGUAACCGAAGAUAUAUGUGCUUGAAUCUAGUCGGGUUUGUCUGGACUCAAAAGCAGGACCUUCACCACACGGUGACGGUGGAGUUCUACGACCGUCAAGAACACCGUGACUUCCACUUCACCGACCCAUAUCUUUACGACAAAGCCUGUCUGAACGACAAGGGUGCACUGUUCUCGUGUCCGAGCUCUUCUCAACAUCCGGCGACAAUUUACUACCGACCUCAUGAGACUUGGACGGCACGAGUGGAUUGGCGAAUACAGCUACCAUUCGACGAAGAAGUCACUUCAAUGUCUUUGAGUGAAUCGUGUAUCGUAGUCACGACUACAGCCGCUUACACGCGAGUCUAUAGUUUAUACGGGCUACCGCUCAAGGUAUACCGGCAAAAGAGCACCCCUGCGGUAACAUGCGCAAGUUGGCGGGACUACGUCCUGACAGUCGGCAAUGGUCCGGUGGGCAGCGACGGCUCGACGCGUUUGCUAUACACUAUCGAGAACGUGAAGAGAGGCGAGACAUAUCAGAGCGAAGACAUCCUGACACUACCUGAAGGCGUUGAGCUCCGCAGCGUGACGUUCAGCGAGAAGGGUGAUCCUUGUAUCUACGACAGCACGGGUGUUCUGCUUAUCUUGCAACAAUGGAGACGACCGGGUCAGGCUAAGUGGGUACCGCUGCUGGAUACACGAGCAUUGAAACGUCUCGAAGGCGGCAGAAAAGACGAAAAUUACUGGCCAGUUGCUGUUGCAAACGACCGAUUCUACUGCAUCAUCUUAAAAGGUGGCGAGCAAUACCCAUACUUUCCUCGACCACUCCAUUCCGACUUCGAGUUCCAGAUCCCAUUGGCGCCGGUCGGGCCUGAGGACGAAGACGACAAGGAAGUUGCACUUUUGCGGAGCCUAGAGGAGCAGUAUGUUCGCAACAGUCUCCAGUUCUCACUGCUAAGCGAUUUGGUGGAGAACACAAACGCUACAUCGUCGCAGAGAGCCGCAGUCGGCGUCAUGGAAAGGGAGGUCGACAAGGUGCUACUGCAGCUGAUCGCGGCAGAGUGCAGAGAAGGCGAGGAACGUGGCAUGAAGGCAUUGGAGCUGGCAGCUCUCAUGAAGGAUCGCACUGGCCAAAUGCUUGAGGCUGCUGGAAGGGUGGCGACACGGUUCCGGCGCGAUAUCCUUGGUGACAAGAUUCGGGAGCUUGCCGAGCGCAGGCUUGUUGGGUUGGUGGACGAGGACGAGAUGUGAUUGAUGUAUAGGUAGACUUAAUGUUGAUGAUCUUGACUUUCUAUU